GAGGAGGGGGGCGGUACCCGCUGCGGCCCUUCAACUGCCUCCCUGUCUUCUGCCACAGACACCGCAAGUGUUACCCUCCGGUGGGCUUUCUGAGGAGUUCAGCUAAACUUCACCGAGACCCCCGGGGCAGGCAGACCGAGAGAUGGCCGGAGCGACGGGACCGAAGCGGCAGGACACCCGGAAAUUUUUUGAGAAUCUUUCUGGAGCUGGGAAAUGCAUCGCGGUGCUGACCAGCGGCGGAGAUGCUCAAGGCAUGAAUGGAGCCGUCCGGGCUGUGGUCCGAAUGGGGAUUUAUGUGGGAGCCAAAGUCUACUUUAUUCACGAGGGGUACCAGGGGAUGGUAGACGGUGGAGACUACAUCAAAGAGGCGACGUGGGAAAGUGUCUCCAGCGUUCUGCAAGUGGGUGGAACUGUCAUUGGCAGUGCCAGGUGUAAAGAGUUUCGCUCCCAUGAGGGCAGACUAAAAGCCGCUCACAACCUGGUUCAGCGCGGCAUCACCUACCUGUGUGUGAUCGGUGGAGACGGCAGCUUGACCGGAGCCAACCUGUUCAGAGAAGAGUGGAGCGGCCUUUUGAAUGAACUCAUAGAGCAAGGGCUCAUAGAUGAAGAGGCAGCCAGAAGUCAUUCUCGGCUUCACAUUGUCGGGAUGGUUGGCUCUAUCGACAACGACUUUUGUGGCACAGACAUGACCAUCGGCACUGACUCAGCCUUGCAUCGGAUCAUUGAGGUGGUGGAUGCUAUCAUGACUACGGCUCAGAGUCACCAGAGGACAUUUGUGCUGGAAGUCAUGGGCAGACACUGCGGCUACCUUGCUCUAGUCAGUGCCCUCGCAUGUGGAGCAGAUUGGGUUUUCAUUCCAGAGAUGCCUCCUGAAGAUGGCUGGGAAGACAACAUGUGUCAGAAACUGUCUGAGAACCGUGCUGAUAAGAAAAGGCUGAACAUUAUUAUUGUAGCUGAGGGUGCCAUUGAUUGCCACAACAAGGCAAUAACCCCUGAUUAUAUCAAGGACCUGGUAGUGAGCCGCCUGGGUUUUGACACCAGGGUCACCAUCUUGGGCCACGUGCAGAGAGGUGGGACUCCAUCUGCCUUUGACAGGAUUUUGGCCAGUCGGAUGGGCGUGGAGGCAGUGUUGGCGUUACUGGAGGCGUCCACAGACACACCUGCCUGUGUGGUGUCUCUAGUUGGCAACCAGGCUGUUCGGCUACCGCUUAUGGAGUGUGUUCAGAUGACUCAAGAGGUGCAGAAGGCCAUGGAUGAGAAGAAAUUUGACGAGGCGGUCAGACUGCGUGGCAGGAGCUUUGAGAAUAAUCUGAGCACCUACAGACUGCUGGCUUCUCAAACUGCUCGCUCUGAACUCCAAAAUGGAGAGGAAGAGAAGGAGGCAGGGGAUGAAGAGCAAUCUCAUACCUCCUUUAACGUGGCGGUGAUGAACGUCGGCGCGCCGGCCGCCGGUAUGAAUGCCGCCGUGCGUUCAGCCGUCAGGGUGGGAAUCACAGAAGGCCACAAAAUGUUUGCUGUCAGCGACGGCUUUGAGGGCUUCUACAAAGGACAGAUCAAGGAGAUCAAAUGGGGAGAUGUUGGAGGCUGGACCGGCCAGGGAGGAUCUCUGCUGGGGACCAAACGAACUCUUCCAGCAACACAUCUGGAUGAAAUUGCUGAGCAGAUGAGGAUCCAUAACAUCACUGCUUUACUUGUUAUAGGAGGAUUUGAGGCCUUUGAGUCCCUGCUGGAGCUGCACCAGGCCCGGGCCAGCUACAAGGAGUUUUGCAUUCCCAUGUGCAUUCUGCCUGCCACCAUUAGUAACAAUGUGCCGGGCACUGACCACAGUCUGGGAGCCGACACGUCGCUCAACGCCAUUGUGGAGACAUGCGAUCGCAUCAAGCAGUCUGCCAGCGGCACCAAGCGGCGGGUCUUCAUCAUCGAGACGAUGGGGGGCUACUGCGGCUACUUGGCCACGGUGGGCGGUCUGGCUGCGGGAGCCGACACCGUCUACAUCUACGAGGAGCCGUUUGACAUCCGUGACCUGCAGGCCAACGUCGAGCAUCUGACGCAGAAAAUGAAGACGAGCAUCCAGAGAGGCUUGGUGCUCCGAAAUGAGAACUGCAACGAAAACUUCACCACUGACUUCAUCUACCAGCUGUACUCUGAAGAAGGUCGAGGCGUGUUCGACUGCAGGAAGAACAUCCUGGGUCACAUGCAGCAGGGCGGCGCUCCGUCUCCCUUCGACAGAAACUUUGGCACCAAGGUCGCAGCUAAAGCCAUACAGUGGAUCACACGGACGCUCAGGGAGUCGUACAAGGAAGGGAGAGUGUUCACCAACUCAGAGGACACCGCCUGCCUGCUGGGGAUGCGGCGAAGGGCGAUGGUCUUUCAACCUGUAGCUCAGCUCAGGGAAGAGACCGACUUUGUCCACCGGAUCCCGAAGGAGCAGUGGUGGCUCAAGCUCCGUCCCCUCAUGAAAAUCCUGGCCAAGUACAAGACGAGUUACGACGUGUCCGACGCCGGCCAGCUGGAACACGUGACCCGGGUUCGGCCCAAAGAGAACCACAUCUGAACCGCUGCCAGACGACGGCUUUACUCCCACAGGAAACCUGCUUCACAUUUCAGUGGCAGCUGCUCACACUGAUUGAUUCCUGCAUAUAUAUAAGGAAAGAUUAUAAAGGAUAGAGGUUAAAUUUAUAAAAGGAUUUAUUGAAUGAGUGUUUUCAGAAGGAAUGUUACAUUUUAUAGGUAAAAUUUUAGGAGGGUCAUUUGGGAAGAGUAUUUAUUUUAAGCAAGCUAACAUCUAACAAAGCUUAGAUAGCCAAAGUUAUUAUAAAUAUAUGCACUACUCAUGUACUGUAUUUAGGUUUUAGUGCCCCAAAUGUAGCCAUGUCUAAUUAUUGUUUCGUGUGAACACAUCUCAGCCGGGGAUGAAAAUCUUUGAUUAAAUUUGGCUUUUAUCACCUUCACCUGCACUUUGAGCUACACGGUCAAUGUUAUCACCCUAAAGCUGCUUUUGAAAAGGGAAUCAAUGUCUGGGGGAUCGGAUGUCCACACGCCGACUGGGAAAUGCUGUAACCCUGACGGCUUCAGAGUGGGCAGGUGUGUGUACGGUCAGAAGCUAACUGUACGUGUGUGUCGUGUUGUUGCCUCAGCUGCUUGUAUCCAUCCUGGGCUUUCUGUGUUUGAACCUUUUAGUGGUUAUUCAUGCAGCCUGUUGCUGUAGCAGAGCCAAGUAUUUGGAGGAUGUGUGGAGCAGCAGCAGCCUGUUGGUGGUGUUAACGUGACGUGAGUGUCCUGUUAGAGUAAAUAAAGCUUUUAUGGUGUGGAAAUG